AAAUACUCACCUUCUUCCUACUCUCCUUGUCCUGGUCUGCUUCUGGGUUCGAUUUUGAAGAAACGUGACAAGUAGACCUUGUGAGCAUCGUAGAUUUGCAUGUUUUGCUCUCUGAUCGGAUUGUCUGAAUUCACUAGUUGAGUGUCAAUCACAGAAAAAAGCAAUAGCUAUAGAGUGAGUUGUUGUUUAUGUUUCUAAGACUGCAGGGUGGGAGAUGCAACAAUGGCCUUGAGAACAGCAGGAAGUGUGUUGGGUCUUUGUCUGGUCUGUAGCAGGUCUGGUCUCAUUCAUUAUGUUUUAGUAAUGUUAUCUUAAUGUUAUUCUGUGUGUUCAGUGACAUCGUCUGUUAGGGGCUUCUUCUUUUCUGGAAUAGUUGUCUUUCACACCUCACUGAGUAACACUUAGGUCCUUUCUGUGGUUUCCAUUCACACUCAGCAAGUAGAGUACGGCAACAAAGUGUGGACAAAUGCUGUUAGUGUGAGGAAAUGGGUCUGUAAUGUAUAAUCACUAUAAUGUGUGAUUGUGUUUCAGUGUUACUGGGUCAGGAUGGCAGGAGUGUGAAGUACAUCACUCAGAGUAUCUGUGUCUUGAAGGGGUCAACAGUAGAGCUGACCUGCUGUUACACAUAUCCCAGUGGUACAGUCACAACAACCUUCUGGUUCACUAGAAAUGAUGCUGAGGAGAAUCCUGUGACUCUGAGUGAUGAACCAGACUACACAGGUCAUGUGACGUACUGUAGCAACAAGAAGAAUGGCCACACCCUGACAAUCAGAGAUCUGAGAGAGUGUGACUCAGCUAUGUGCAAUGUCCAUCCUGACCCUAACUGGGACACACACCACUGAAAAUGAGGACCAGACACUCUGGCAGUAGACUGCAGGGUGGGAGAUGCAACAAUGGCCUUGAGAACAGCAGGAAGUGUGUUGGGGGUCUUUGUCUGGUCUGUAGCAGUGUUACUGGGUCAGGAUGGCUGGAGUGUGAAGUACAUCACUCAGAGUAUCUGUACCUUGAAGGGGUUAACAGUAGAGCUGUCCUGCUCUUACACAUAUCCCAGUGGUACAGUCACAACAACCUUCUGUUUCACUACAAAUGAUGCUGAGGGGAAUCCUGUGACUCUGAGUGAUGAACAAGACUACACAGGUCAUGUGACGUACUGUAGCAACAAGAAGAAUGGCCACACCCUGACAAUCAGAGAUCUGAGAGAGUGUGACUCAGCUAUGUACAAGUUCAGAUUUAUAACAGAUCAGACCAUAAGGAAAUAUAGUGGUGAUCCUGGAGUCACUCUGUCUGUCACAGAGUGUCCAUCCUGACCCUAACUGGGACACACACACCACUGAAAAUGAGGACCAGACACUCUGGCAGUAGUGUGAAAAUCCCCCACAGUGACACGUUCACAUCUCUUCAGAGAGACGCUCAGCACUCCGUAUAUCAGACCAUCCAGGGGAGAAAACCACCACAGAACCUGGACUGAUAGAACCACCACAGAACCUGGACUGAUAGAACCACCACAGAACCUGGAGGGAAGAGAACCACCACAGAACCUGGAGGGAAGAGAACCAUCACAGAACAUGGACUGAAGAGAACCAUCACAGAACAUGGACUGAAGAGAACCAUCACAGAACAUGGACUGAAGAGAACCAUCACAGAACAUGGACUGAAGAGAAUCACCACAGAACAUGGACUGAAGAGAACCACCACAGAACAUGGACUGAAGAGAACCACCACAGAACAUGGACUGAAGAGAACCACCACAGAACAUGGACUGAAGAGAACCACCACAGAACAUGGACUGAAGAGAACCACCACAGAACAUGGACUGAAGAGAACCACCACAGAACAUGGACUAAAGAGCUAUGGCCCCAAACCAAAGCUAGUCCUUACACUCUAUUCUCUUGCUAAUAUAUUGUUAUCAUAUCUUGAAGAUUCAACCAAAUUACAAAAUGACACAUUGGUUUCCCUUCCCUUUUAGCAGUCUAUGAACAUGGUGUGACAUCAGUCCCUGCUUUGGUUUAGUUUCCCCUGACACUGUUUCCACUUGCUAACGUUUUACCAUUUGUGGCACAAAGAGGCAUUUCUCACACAUCAUUUCAAAAUCAAUCAAAAGUUUUAAAAAAUGCGUUGUGAAGCUCAACAAAGUCACUUCCAGAUGAUUUGAACAUGAUGAGAGAAUGUUAACAUGUGAAAUCUUAAUAUCAGUCCCGUGACUUGAAUGGGAUUUUUGUAAAUGUGGGAGUGUUCGACAUUGUAGCUGACUUUAUAGGCAAGUCGAGAUCUACAAAUCACCUUGCAUGAUGAAUAACUACUCAAUAUUAUUUAUAGAUCAUUCAGUCAGUCACAAUUUACCCAUGAUACAUCAGUUUUGAUGUUCUCGAACACUGUCUGUGUGACUGCUGAAGGAAGCCUUCUCUGCAUAAGCUUCUUGGUUCCUGACAUAGAGUUGGAUAGAAGGUACAUCUUGGCAUCUUUGUCAUGAUGUCUUCUGUGACAGAAUGAGCAGCACCAUUGAGGGCUAUUUCCAUAUUAAAGUAGUUUAUAUCUUCAACUUCCAUAAGUUUAAUAACAGUCGGUAUACCAACUGAAAUGGGGUAUUCAAUGGCUUAGCCGUGCUAAAACAGGCUUUGAAGCAAGUACGUCCUCUAUUCAACUCUAUUGUCCCUGACUGCUUCAAUGUUGUGUCAACCACAGACUGCAAACCUCACACUCAGUGUGUAUUUAUAUAGACUUCCAGUAAGUUAACUUACAACACAUCUCCCCUUCACUCUACUGCAGGGUGGGAGAUGCAACAAUGGUCUUGAGAACAGCAGGAAGUGUGUUGGUGGUCUUUCUCUGGUCUGUGACAGUGGUACUGGGUCAGGAUGGCUGGAGUGUUACAUACACCACUCAGAGUAUCUGUACCUUGAAGGGGUCAACAGUGGAUCUGUUCUGCUCUUACACAUAUCCCAGUGGUCAUAAAGUCACAACAACCUUCUGGUUCACUAAAAUGGAGGCUGGUAUAGAACCUGAAGAUCUAGGUCAGGACCCAGAGUAUGCAGGUCAUCUGGAGUAUCAUGGAGAUAAGAAGAAAGAAUGUACCCUGAAAAUCACAGACUUGAGAGAGAGAGACUCAGCUACGUACAAGUUCAGAUUACUAACAGAUCAGGAAGGAGGGAAAUAUUCUGGAAGUCCUGGAGUCACUCUGUCUGUCACAGGUCUUCAGGUGAAGGUGACUGGAGGACAUCAGGACAAGACACUGACCUGUAUCACCACCUGUACUCUGACUGACAACCCCACCUACAUCUGGUACAAGAACGGACAACAUCUAGAUGAGAGCACCUCCCCCAAGUACAAAUACUCAGUCUCCAAUGACUAUGAAGACAGUUACUCCUGUGCUGUAAAAGGCCAUGAGGAUCUCCACUCUCCUGCAGUUUGUGUUCAGGGUCAGAGCUGCAACAGAGUGACUUACACCAAGAGGAGAAUCUGUGUCUUGAAGGGGUCAACAGUGGACAUAUCCUGUACUUAUGUUGGUUAUUAUUACGCCACAUCAUCAUUCUGGUUUAGAAGUGAUAAGUCGACACCUGAAGACCUAACCACAGACCCAGGGUAUGCAGGUCGUGUGGAGUACACUGGAACAUACAGAGGUCCCUUCACCCUGAGAAUCACAGAUCUGAGAGAGGAGGACUCAGCUGAGUAUCGCUUCACUUUUAAAGCAAACAACAUUGAAUGGGGUCAUAGUUUCCCAGGAACAAGUCUGUCUGUCACAGGUCUGCAGGUGAAGGUGACUCCUGCUGCAGAGGGACAGAAGACACUGACCUGUAUCACCACCUGUACUCUGACUGACAACCCCACCUACAUCUGGUACAAGAACGGACAACGUCUAGAUGAGAGCACCUCCCCCCAGUACAAAGACUCAGUCUCCAGUAACUAUGGAGACAGUUACUCCUGUGCUGUAAAUGGCCACGAUAAUCUCCAUUCUCCUGCAGUGUGUGUUGUGGGUGAGAGCUGUAUGAAUGUGACUUACACCCAUCAGAGUAUCUGUGCUUUGAAAGGGUCAACAGUGGACAUAUCCUGCUUUUACACACAUCCCAGUUGGUAUAACGUCACAGAAGUGUCCUGGUUCAACAAAUGGGAGUCUGGUGUCACUAAAGACCUGAGCCUGAACCCAGAGUAUGUAGAUCGUGUGGAAAACCAUCGACAAACAGAAAAGGACUCCACCCUGAGAAUCACAGACCUGAGAGAAAGUGACUCAACUGAGUACAAGUUCAGAUUUACAACUGAUAAGGCAAGAUGGGGGUACAGCUUCCCUGGAACAUCUUUGACUGUCACAGGUUCUCAGGUGGAGGUGACUCCUAAAUGGAGGUCAGAGUAUAAGACACUGUCCUGUAGCACCACCUGUACUCUGACUGACAACCCCAUCUAUAUCUGGUACAAGAACGGACAACAUCUAGAUGAGAGCACCUCCCCCCAGUACAAAGACCCAGUCUCCAGUAACUAUGAAGACAGUUACUCCUGUGCUGUAAAAGGCCAUGAGGAUCUCCUCUCUCCUGCAGUUUGUGUUCAGGGUCAGAGCUGCAACAGAGUGACUUACACCAAGAGGAGAAUCUGUGUCUUGAAGGGGUCAACAGUGGACAUAUCCUGUACUUAUGUUGGUUAUUAUUCCACCACAUCAUCAUUCUGGUUUAGAAGUGAUAAGUCGACCCCUGAAGACCUAACCACAGACCCAGGGUAUGCAGGUCGUGUGGAGUACACUGGAACAUACAGAGAUCCCUUCACCCUGAGAAUCACAGAUCUGAGAGAGGAGGACUCAGCUGAGUUUCGCUUCACUUUUAAAACAAACAACAUUGACUGGGGUCAUAGUUUCCCAGGAACAAGUCUGUCUGUCACAGGUCUGCAGGUGAAAGUGACUCCUGCUGCAGAGGGACAGAAGACACUGACCUGUAUCACCACCUGUACUCUGACUGACAACCCCACCUACAUCUGGUACAAGAACGGACAGCGUCUAGAUGAGCCCACUUCCCAACAAUACUCUAGUAAUAUCCUAGUAGUGUUGGGUCAUUCUGCGGACAGUUACUCCUGUGCUGUAGAACACCAUGAGGACCUCCACUCUCCUGCAGUGUGUGUUCAGGGUCAGAGCUGCAACAGAGUGACUUACACCAAGAGGAGAAUCUGUGUCUUGAAGGGGUCAACAGUGGACAUAUCCUGUACUUAUGUUGGUUAUUAUUACGCCACAUCAUCAUUCUGGUUUAGAAGUGAUAAGUCGACACCUGAAGACCUAACCACAGACCCAGGGUAUGCAGGUCGUGUGGAGUACACUGGAACAUACAGAGGUCCCUUCACCCUGAGAAUCACAGAUCUGAGAGAGGAGGACUCAGCUGAGUAUCGCUUCACUUUUAAAGCAAACAACAUUGAAUGGGGUCAUAGUUUCCCAGGAACAAGUCUGUCUGUCACAGGUCUGCAGGUGAAGGUGACUCCUGCUGCAGAGGGACAGAAGACACUGACCUGUAUCACCACCUGUACUCUGACUGACAACCCCACCUACAUCUGGUACAAGAACGGACAACGUCUAGAUGAGAGCACCUCCCCCCAGUACAAAGACUCAGUCUCCAGUAACUAUGGAGACAGUUACUCCUGUGCUGUAAAUGGCCACGAUAAUCUCCAUUCUCCUGCAGUGUGUGUUGUGGGUGAGAGCUGUAUGAAUGUGACUUACACCCAUCAGAGUAUCUGUGCUUUGAAAGGGUCAACAGUGGACAUAUCCUGCUUUUACACACAUCCCAGUUGGUAUAACGUCACAGAAGUGUCCUGGUUCAACAAAUGGGAGUCUGGUGUCACUAAAGACCUGAGCCUGAACCCAGAGUAUGUAGAUCGUGUGGAAAACCAUCGACAAACAGAAAAGGACUCCACCCUGAGAAUCACAGACCUGAGAGAAAGUGACUCAACUGAGUACAAGUUCAGAUUUACAACUGAUAAGGCAAGAUGGGGGUACAGCUUCCCUGGAACAUCUUUGACUGUCACAGGUUCUCAGGUGGAGGUGACUCCUAAAUGGAGGUCAGAGUAUAAGACACUGUCCUGUAGCACCACCUGUACUCUGACUGACAACCCCAUCUAUAUCUGGUACAAGAACGGACAACAUCUAGAUGAGAGCACCUCCCCCCAGUACAAAGACCCAGUCUCCAGUAACUAUGAAGACAGUUACUCCUGUGCUGUAAAAGGCCAUGAGGAUCUCCUCUCUCCUGCAGUUUGUGUUCAGGGUCAGAGCUGCAACAGAGUGACUUACACCAAGAGGAGAAUCUGUGUCUUGAAGGGGUCAACAGUGGACAUAUCCUGUACUUAUGUUGGUUAUUAUUCCACCACAUCAUCAUUCUGGUUUAGAAGUGAUAAGUCGACCCCUGAAGACCUAACCACAGACCCAGGGUAUGCAGGUCGUGUGGAGUACACUGGAACAUACAGAGAUCCCUUCACCCUGAGAAUCACAGAUCUGAGAGAGGAGGACUCAGCUGAGUUUCGCUUCACUUUUAAAACAAACAACAUUGACUGGGGUCAUAGUUUCCCAGGAACAAGUCUGUCUGUCACAGGUCUGCAGGUGAAAGUGACUCCUGCUGCAGAGGGACAGAAGACACUGACCUGUAUCACCACCUGUACUCUGACUGACAACCCCACCUACAUCUGGUACAAGAACGGACAACGUCUAGAUGAGCCCACUUCCCAACAAUACUCUAGUAAUACCCUAGUAGUGUUGGGUCAUUCUGCGGACAGUUACUCCUGUGCUGUAGAACACCAUGAGGACCUCCACUCUCCUGCAGUGUGUGUUCAGGGUCAGAGCUGCAACAGAGUGACUUACACCAAGAGGAGAAUCUGUGUCUUGAAGGGGUCAACAGUGGACAUAUCCUGUACUUAUGUUGGUUAUUAUUACGCCACAUCAUCAUUCUGGUUUAGAAGUGAUAAGUCGACACCUGAAGACCUAACCACAGACCCAGGGUAUGCAGGUCGUGUGGAGUACACUGGAACAUACAGAGGUCCCUUCACCCUGAGAAUCACAGAUCUGAGAGAGGAGGACUCAGCUGAGUAUCGCUUCACUUUUAAAGCAAACAACAUUGAAUGGGGUCAUAGUUUCCCAGGAACAACUCUGUCUGUCACAGGUCUGCAGGUGAAGGUGACUCCUGCUGCAGAGGGACAGAAGACACUGACCUGUAGCACCACCUGUACUCUGACUGACAACCCCACCUACAUCUGGUACAAGAACGGACAGCGUCUAGAUGAGCCCACUUCCCAACAAUACUCUAGUAAUACCCUAGUAGUGUUGGGUCAUUCUGUGGACAGUUACUCCUGUACUGUAGAACACCAUGAGGACCUCCACUCUCCUGCAGUGUGGAAACAAACCUCAGUUCUGACUGCAGCUGUAGGAAUCAUAGUGGUUGUUCUGGUUCUCAUCCUCUGUCUCUCUGGACUCAUGUGGUUCAGGAAGAAUGCCUCCAAACCCACCAACACAAGAGACACAGCAGACGUUGGACAGGGAGACACUAGUCCAGUGUUUGACAACGUCUCAAACAUGGCCAUGAACUCUACUGCAGCACAGACAGCUGACACAGACAUCCAGGAUGAUGUUCACUACGCCAGCGUCCACUUCUCUCGUCCCAAAAACCAGGAAUUGUCUCUGUACUCCACCGUCCAAGUGCCUCAACCCCAGAAAGAGGAUGAGGAUGUCCCGUACGCUGCUGUGAAAUUCAACCUCCCUAUUGCUGCCACCCGACACGCAGCAGCACAAGCAGCUGAGGAGGACUCCUGUGUUCUCUACAGUACAGUCAACAAACCCUGAACCAAGAAGACCCAAACACUAUAAACCCAGAACCAAGAAGACCUGAACACAGCAAACCCAGAAAGAAGAAGACCUGAACACAGCAAUCCCAGAAAGAAGAAGACCUGAACAGAACAAGUUUGACAAAAACCUUGUAUAUCUUGACCUGUAUAUUUAAACUAAGUGAUAUAAUGCAUGUGGAGGUGUGGAAUAUUGACCAUUAUAAACUGGGUGGUUUGAGCUGUGAAUGCUGAUUGGCUGACCGGCGUGGUAUACCAGACCGUAUACCAUGGGUAUUAACAUUUGUGUUUACUGGUCUAAGUACAUUGGUAACCAGUUUAAAAUAAGGCACCUCGCUGUUUGUGGUGCAUCCAAGCACUCCGCGUUGCAUUGUGCAUAAGAACAGCCCUUAGAGGUAGUAUAUUGGCCAUAUACCACACCUCCUCAGGCCUUAUUGCUUAACUUUAUAAUGACAACAAGGCACUUCAGGGGUUUGUGUUAUAUGACCAACAUACUGUUCCACGGCUUAUUUUAAACUGGUUAACAACAUAAAUAGAACAGUAAACAAGUAUUUUUACGUCAUACCCGUGGUAUAUUGUCUGAUAUACAGUAUAGACUUCUGAAAUGCUGUUUCAGCCAAUCAGCAUCCAGGGCCAAAACUACCCAGUUUGUAAUUGUAUUUAAUAAUAUAUUCCCUCUGGUAGACACUUUUGUCCAAAUUCACACAGUCAUUACAGUCAUGCCUGAAUAUAUUUUUCGUAUGGGAAGUCCCAGCAGAAAUGGAACCCAUGCUCCAUGCUGUACCAACUGAGCCACAGGACGACUCUAUUCACACUUAGAGUAGGAGUUCUGAUCUAGGGUCAGUUAUGACUUUUAAACUAUGAUGAAUUAGAAAGGGACCUUAACAUUUUUAUAUAUAUAUUUUUACAUUGAAAAAUGUUGUAUUCCUGACGUAGGAAACCUUGAGUUCCAGUUAUAUUUUACAGUGCAUUCAGAAAGUAUUCAGACCCCUUGACUUUUUCCACAUGUUGUGAUGUUUCAAACUUUUUCUCAAAUUGAUGAAAUAGUUCUCUCCUCAUCAAUCUACACACAAAGCCCCAUAAUGCUAAAGCAAAAAAGGUUUUUAGACAAUUUUGCAAAUGUAUAAAUAAAAAAAAACGGCAAUAUCACAUUUACAUAAGUAUUCAGACCCUUUAAUCAGUACUUUGUCAAAGCACCUUUGGCAGCGAUUACAGCCUCGAGUCUUCUUGGGUAUGACGCUACAAGCAUGGCACACUUGUUUUUGGGGAGUUUCUCCCAUUCUUAUCUGCAGAUGUUCUCAAGCUUGGUCAUGUUGGAUGGGGAGCGUCGCUGAACAGAUAUUUUCAGGUCUCUCCAGGGAUGUUCGAUCAGGUUCAAGUCCGGGCUCUGGCUGGGCCACUCAAGGACAUUGAGAUUUCUCCCGAAGUAACUUCUGCUUUGUCUUGGCUGUGUGCUUAGGGUCCUUGUCCUAUUGGAAGGUUGAACCUUCACCCCAGUCUGAGGACCUGAGCCCUCUGGAGCUGGUUUUCAUCGAGGAUCUCUCUGUACUUUUCUCCAUUCAUCUUUCCCUCGAUCCUGACUAGUCUCCCAGUCCGUGCCGCUGAAAAAUAUCCCCUCAGCAUGAUGCUGCCACCACAAUGCAUCCCUUUAGGGAUGGUGCCUGUUUUCCUCCAGACGGGACGCUUGGCAUUCAGGCCAAAGGGUUCAAUCUUGGUUUCAUCAGACCAGAUAAUCUUGUUUCUCAUGGUCUGAGAGUCUUUAGGAGCCUUUUGACAAACUCCAAGCAGGCUUUCAUAUGCCAUUGGCUUCCAUAUGGCCACUCUACCAUAAAGGCCUGAUUGGUGGAGUGCUGCAGAGAUGGCUGUCCUUCUUGAAGGCUCUCCCAUCUCCACAGACGAACUCUGGAGCUCCAUCGGGUUCGCCUCGCUGACCAAGGCCCUUCUCCCCCGAUUGAUCAGUUUGGUCAGGUGGCCAGCUCUAGGAAGAGUCUUGGUGGUUCUAAACUUCUUCUAUUUAAGAAUGAUGGAUACCACUGUGUUCUUGGACCUUCAAAAAUACAGAAAUGUUUUGGAACCCUUCCCCAGAUCUGUGCCUCAGCACAAUCCUGUCUCGGAGUCCUAGAGACAAAUCCUUCGACCUUAAUGAAUGUUGCUCUGACAUGCACUGUCAACUGUGGGACCUCAUAGACAGGCGUGGGCCUUUCCAAAUCAUGUCCAAUUAAUUGAAUUUACCAGAGGUGGGCUCCAAUCAAGUUGUAGAAACAUCUCAAGGAUGAUUAAUAGAAACAGGAUGCAGCUGAGUUCAAUUUCGAGUCAAAGCAAAAGGUCUGAAUACUUAUCUAAAUAAGAUAUUUCUGUUUUUUUGUUUUAAUACAUUUGCAGCGACUCCAUGGCUUUAUUAAAUUCGGCUAUCUCUGUAUGCUGGGGAGAAACAGUCCGUUUGUUGCCAUGCCACUAUUUAUUUUUCCUAAACACUCCCAUCGCAUUAUACACCUUUUAUUUACUAUUUUCCAAGGUAGAGCUACCCACUUUCCCAGAUAAUAAUUUAUUAGUCACAUCACUUAAUUUCUCCUAUCAAAGCCUACUUUAUAAUGUCUACACUUUCUUAUCUCUUUAUUUAUCCACUUGCUAUAUUCUCUCUUAGCCUA